AUGAAGAUGGCUGACGUCACGACGGCGCGAACAGCAGACCAGGAUGCAGACGCGCAAGUCCCCCGAUUCCGGCUUAAUAACAACUCUGGUGCCGCCGCAACGGGUGCAGCAGGAGGGGAAAGGGGAGGGGGAAGGGCAGGGGCAGGGGAAAGGGGAGGGGGAGCGGAAGGGGGAGGGGCAGGCGCCGGAGCUGGGGGGCGGGAAGCGGGGGCAGCGGCAGGGCAGGCGGAAUUGCGGGCGAAUCCGGGCGGCUUCGUGACAUGGCUGCUUCGCAACAGGGUGUCGGCGCAGCAGGCAAGAGAGCGGCGGAAGCAGUACCUUUCAGAACUGGAGGGGCGGGUCUCUCAGCUGGACCAGCGGAACGCUGAGCUAAAAGAAACACUUAGCACCUUGCAGCGGGAGAAUUUCAUGCUGAGACAGGUGGCUCGGAACACGGCUCAAGCAGCAGACGCCCCACCAAGCCAUUGA